AUGGAUAAAAUUCAAAAUGGAUGGUUUAGUGAAAUUAGUGAAUUCUGGCCAGGUAAUUCAUUUUCAUUAGAAGUUGAAAAAGUUUUACACCAUGAAAAAUCUGAAUACCAAGAUUUUUUAGUAUUUAAAUCAAAAAGUUUUGGAAAUGUUUUAGUUUUAGAUGGUGUUAUUCAAGCAACAGAAAGAGAUGAAUUUGCAUACCAAGAGAUGAUUACACAUAUUCCAUUAUUUUCACAUCCAUCACCAAAACGUGUUUUGGUAGUUGGUGGUGGUGAUGGUGGUGUAUUAAGAGAGGUUGUUAAACAUCCAUUGGUUGAAUCUGUUACAUUGUGUGAGAUUGACAAGGGUGUAAUUGAAGCCUCAAGAAAUUUCUUACCAAAUAUGAGAGUUGGUUUCGAUCAUCCAAAGGUAACAUUAUUCAUUGGCGACGGUAUGGAAUUUAUGAGACAAAGAAAGGGAGAAUUCGACGUCAUCAUCACCGAUAGCUCCGACCCAAUUGGCCCAGCACAAGGUUUAUUCGAGCGUGCCUAUUACGAAUUAUUAAAAGCAGCUUUGGCACCAGGCGGUAUCGUUUGCUCACAAUGCGAAUCAAUGUGGUUGCAUUUAGACACUAUCAAAGGUUUAACCACAUUCUGUAAAGAGUUAUACCCAAAUGUCGAAUAUGCCUACACCUCAAUUCCAUCCUACCCAGGUGGCUCCAUCGGUUUCAUCCUCUGCUCAUUAGGUGGUUCAACCAAAGCACCAAUUCGUGAAAUCACUCCAGAAGUCCAAUCUCAAAUGCAAUAUUACAAUGGUGAAGUUCAUAAAGCAAGUUUUGUCUUACCACAAUUUGCUGCAAAAAAAUUAAAUCUUUAA